CUUAUCUGAGUUGAUCAGACAUUUGCCUCUGAAUAGUUAAGCAAUAUACUAGCUCUUAAUGGUUCAGACCUCUUACUGGUUCAGCACUUAAUGGUUCAGACCUCUUACUGGUUCAGCACUUACCUAUUCAGAAGUUGCCAAACAGCCCCUUAAUCUAUUAGGUCCAAAUCUACAUAAUAAAACCUCUUCUCCAUUUCUUCAAAUCCUUCCAAACAAACAAGUAAAAGAGAAAAAAUUAAAGUCAAUCAUAAUGGAGACUUGUACCAUUCUUGUUUUCACCACCCUCUACACACUUAUCUCUGCUUCUUCUUCUUCUUCUUUGGUCACCGACUUCCACGCCUUGGCGUCUAUGAAAGAAGACUUCUCGUCUUCUUCUUCGCCGAACCCAGUGUUGGAAUCUUGGGACACUUCGAAUCGGAGCUCGGUCUGUUCUUGGGUAGGAAUCGAAUGCUCCCGAGGGCGCGUCGUUUCGGUCAACCUGUCGGGCUUGGGUUUGACCGGGCCCGUCCCGCCCGAAAUAUGGGGCAUGGACGGGCUGUCGGAGCUCAGGCUCGACGGGAAUAACUUUACAGGGGAAAUCAAGAUUGGGAAUGGGAUGAAAGGGCUGAGGUUUCUGAACAUAUCCAACAACAUGCUCAGUGGGGGGCUUGAUUGGAAUUUCUCCUCUUUUGAGAGUCUCCAAGUUCUUGAUGCCUACAACAACAACUUCACAGCUUCCUUGCCUGCUAAGGGCAUUUUGGGGUUAAAAAACUUGAGGCACUUGGAUUUGGGUGGGAAUUUCUUCUAUGGUGAAAUCCCAAAAGGGUAUGGGGUUUUGGUUGGCCUAGAGUACUUGUCACUUGCCGGGAAUGACCUCCAUGGGAAGAUUCCCCAAGAACUUGGGAAUCUCACAAGCUUGAAGGAGUUGUACUUGGGGUACUACAAUGUCUAUGAAGGUGGGAUUCCAAUGGAGUUUGGGAAGAUGGAGAAUCUUCUUCACUUGGACAUGUCAAGCUGUGGAUUGGAUGGAGAGAUUCCUUCCCAAUUAGGGAAUCUCAAGAAUCUUGACACUCUGUUUCUCCACAUUAAUCUCCUCUCUGGUUCCAUCCCAAGAGAGCUUGGGAACCUCUCUGCUUUACAGUCUCUUGAUCUUUCAGACAAUUCCUUGACUGGGGAAAUCCCACCUGAGUUCAGAAGCUUCAAGAAUCUCCAUCUCCUUAACCUCUUCAUGAACCGGCUCCACGGGUCGAUCCCAGAUUUCAUUUCCGGGUUCCCGGAGCUCCGGGUGCUCGGGCUAUGGAAGAACAACUUCACCGGAGUUGUUCCCCGGAGCCUGGGCCGGAACCAGAAGCUCCGGGAACUCGAUUUGUCGUCGAACAAGCUGACCGGGACCAUCCCGGAGAACCUCUGCUCGUCUAGGCGGCUGAGAGUGCUGAUUCUGUUGAAGAAUUUCUUGUUCGGGCCGGUCCCGGAAGAUCUGGGCUCGUGUUCUAGUCUUGUGAGGGUGAGAUUGGGAGAUAAUUACUUGAAUGGGAGCAUCCCGGAGGGGUUUCUUUACUUGCCGGAGUUGAAUUUGGUUGAGCUUCAGAAUAAUAUGGUGACCGGAGCUUUGCCGGAAAACAGGGGUGUAUCUUCGAAACCGGUUUCUUUGGGAAGAUUGAAUCUUUCUAACAAUAAGAUUUCCGGUUCUUUGCCGGUGUCACUUUCCAAUUUCACUUCCCUGCAGAUUCUCCUCCUCGGCCAGAAUAAUUUCUCCGGUCCGAUUCCGGCGUCCGUGGGUGAGCUCCGGCAGGCUCUGAAGAUUGACCUGAGUGGGAAUUCUCUGUCCGGAGAAAUCCCCGUCGAGAUCGGGAACUGCGUUCAUCUCACUUACUUGGACUUGAGCCAGAACAAUCUUUCCGGGCCAUUCCCGACCCAGAUUUCCGAAAUUCGGAUCUUGAAUUACCUCAAUUUGUCGAGGAACCACCUGACCGGCGACUUCCCCAAGUCCGUCGGGACAAUGAGGAGCCUUACGGCGGCUGAUUUCUCCUUCAACGACCUUUCCGGGAAGCUGCCGGAAUCCGGGAUCUUCAACGCCACGUCUUUCGCCGGUAACCCUCGCCUCUGCUGGCCGUUACUCAACAACACCUGCAAUUUCGCCGUCGUGUCCUCCCAGCCCGGAAACUCCCUUGCAGCCGACUUCAAGCUCGUAUUCGCCGUGGGCCUCUUGCUCUGCUCCCUGGCUUUCGCAACGGCGGCCAUAAUAAAGGCCAAGUCUUUCCAGAAAACCGCCUCCGGCGGGUCCUGGAAACUGACCUCAUUCCAGAAGGUGGAUUUCACGGCGGAGGAAGUGGUGGACUGCGUCAGAGACGGGAACGUGAUCGGGAAAGGAGGAGCAGGGGUGGUCUACCACGGAAAAACCGGGAACGGGUCGGAAAUCGCCGUGAAAAAGCUCGCCGGAUUCAACCGGAAAUCCAAGAACGACCACGGGUUCCGGGCGGAGAUCGAGACGCUGGGGAACAUCCGGCACCGGAACAUAGUCCGGCUGCUGGCGUUCUGUUCCAACAACAGAGACACCAACCUGCUCGUCUACGAGUACAUGAAGAACGGGAGCUUGGGCGAAGCACUUCACGGCGGAGGUGGGAAAAAAUGCGGCGGCGGGAUGAUGAUGAGCUGGAACCAGAGGUACAAGAUCGCGGUGGAAUCGGCGAAGGGGCUGUGCUAUCUCCACCACGACUGCUCGCCGUUGAUCGUGCACAGAGACGUGAAAUCGAACAACAUUCUUCUGGAUUCGAGCUACGAAGCCCACGUCGCCGACUUCGGGCUGGCGAAGUUCUUGGUAGACGGCGGCGGCGCCUCCCAGUGCAUGUCGGCGAUCGCCGGCUCCUAUGGCUACAUCGCCCCUGAAUACGCGUACACACUGAGAGUGGACGAGAAGAGCGACGUGUACAGCUUCGGAGUGGUGCUGCUGGAACUCCUCACGGGGCGGCGCCCCGUGGGGGACUUCGGGGAGGGGGUGGACAUAGUGCAAUGGAGCAGGGUGGCGACGGCGGGCGGGCGGCGGGAGGAGGUGGCGGUGGUUUUGGACCCCAAACUGGCCGUCGUCCCCGUGGAGGAAGCCAUGCACCUCUUCUUCAUCGCCAUGCUUUGCGUGCAAGACAACAGCGUGGAGCGGCCCACCAUGAGAGAGUUUCGCUCUGGAGGCCCAAUUAGACAAGAUCUCACCUCUCAUGUUGGCCCAACCGCAUUAUCGAUGUUUUUUAGCGGGCAUUAUGCUGGCGACAACUAUAGUGUUAGCUUGAGAAACGGUGAAACUUGGAAAAAGGUCUUUGGACCGGUUUUUAUUUAUCUUAAUUCUGAUCUUGGCACUGACCCACGACCUCUUUGGAAUGAUGCUAAAAGACAGAUGGUUGUAGAAAGUAGCAGCUGGCCUUAUGACUUUCUCAAGUCAGAAGACUAUCCAAGUGCUAGUCAACGUGGUACAGAGAGAAAUGGCCCAAGAACCCAAGAAAUGGCCCAACAAUAUGGUCCUCCAAGAAAUGGCCCAACAAUAUGGGAAAUUGGCAUCCCAGAUAGAAAGGCAACAGAGUUCUUCAUCCCUGACCCUGCACCUCACCUCAAGAACUAUGCACUGCUCAACCAACCUGAAAAGAAAGUUGGGGGCAAUGUGUAUGCACAGACAACGUGGAGAAUAUCAUUUACCAUGGACAAUGUUAAUCCUGCAGGAACCUACACACUUCGAAUUGCAAUAGCUGCCACCAACUUGGAAAAAAUUGAUAGACACAAAGUACACAACUCGUCAGUCCGCUUCUGCUUCGUUUGUGGAAUUAUCUUCGCCGCCGUCACAUAUUCCGUCGAUCCAAAUUAUCAGCUUUUCAUCCUCUCAUCUUUAAUCUCUAUUUUACAGUUUACCCCUUCUUCUUCUUUUGAAGCAGUGAGGUUAAGACUUGGGUUGCAAAGGUUGCCAAUGGCCGGAGACAAGAUGUUUGAGAAAUCUCAAACAAGUUAUUCUGGAUUGGAAACCGAAUCGGUUACUGAGUCGACUCGCAAGAUUUCCAGAAAAGCAGGAAAACCAUAUGUUUCACAAUCUUCCAGUUCUCCAUUGGGCAAUGUUGCCACUCGUGUUAAGGGCCCUUCCGAUCUACGGACGAUCUCCUUUGAACAAUAUUAUGCAGGAUAUAACAAAAUUUUGAACAAUGAUCAUCACGGUCACUCUAAUACGGGCAUCCAAUCAGAAAACGGGUCUUACCGUUAUUAUCUCCCUGACUAUAAUCAUUAUGCCACAAAGUUUAUGGGUUCAGAUGGGAAACACUUGAAACCACAACCGUAUACACCAUCGUCAGCAUCAUCAUCAUCAGGAUAUCUUCAGCAACAAUGGAGUUCAUCAAGGAAUUCUACAACCACAGCAACAGGCGGUUCACUAAAGCCGAAAGGUUUUAACUCUUCAAAAACAAACCAUGGCUUUUCGACCAGAAACGUGCCUCCCCCUUUGAAUUCUUUUGGUUCAAACUACCAACCUCAAGGCCAGCCGAACGGGUUUCACCCGGGUUCAAAGUUUCCAUCACAUACAAGUCAAAACCAAGGCUUUUUGCAGUAUGGUCAACUUAACUACCAAACGAACGGCAGAGUCUUCUUGAAUGGCAACUUUAAAUCCAAUCCCAGAGAUAAUUUCAGUAAGAAGGGAGUAAAAGAUGCCUCUUCUUCUGAACUAAAUCGCGGGCCCAGGGCGAAAGCAAAGAGCAAUAACCCCUCAAAGCCAUUGGGUGAAAAUGAAAGCGUCCAGCGGAGCCUGUACAACAAAGAAGACUUUUGUACUCACUAUGAUCAUGCCAAGUUUUAUGUGAUCAAAUCAUUCACUGAAGACAAUGUUCAUAGAUGUGUUAAAUAUGAUGUUUGGUCAAGCACGCCAAUCGGGAAUAAGAAACUAGACGAUGCUUUCUGCGAAGCUGAAGGGAAAACCAGUGAAACCGGCGCAAAAUGCCCGGUCUUCCUCUUCUUUUCUGUUAAUGGAAGUGGGCAAUUCCUUGGUGUGGCGGAGAUGAUAGGGCCAGUUGAUUUCAACAAGAAACUGGACUUUUGGCAGCUUGAUAAAUGGAGUGGCUUCUUCCCGGUGAAGUGGCACAUUGUUAAGGAUGUCCCCCACCAUCAGUUGAAGCACAUUAUCCUUAAAAACAAUGACAAUAGGGAUGUCACGUACACUCGAGACACUCAAGAGGUGGGCUUGAAAGAAGGUCUGGAGAUGCUAAACAUCUUUAAAAGUUACCAUGAGAAAUCGUCGUUGUUGGACGACUUUGAUUUCUACGAGGAACAAGAGAUGUCCCUCAAAGCCAAACAAAGCGUUGUGUCUCUGGCUCCGGAAUAUGAUGAAUCUGAGGCCGUGUCUUCUCUGGUGGGUCCCACAAGAAACCUCUCCCUCGGUUCACAGCCACCAGAGACCAUGUGAGUUGGAGGCGCUACAAUGGCGUCACUAAUAUUUUGUGCAACAAUGUUGUUUGCUUUGGUGUCCAAUGUGUGUGUACUAAAUAAAUUAGCUUUUUUGCUGCUUUUUUUCUUUCAUCCUUCCCAAUUAGGUGUCUACUUUGUUUUUGUUUUUGUUUUUUGGAGCUUUUUUCUACCAACAUUUGUAUUUGUGUAAGAGUAGUGAAAAAGAAAACAUUGUAAAAACCAAAUCUAAAAUUAUUGCAAACACCAAUAUAUUUAGUCCUUUAUC